AUGGAAAAUGAGCAUAUCACCCCUUGUGCAGCUGCUAAUAUGCCGAUUUCUUUGUAUAAAUCUUUCUCAGACUUAAAGGCCUUGAAUGUUGAAGAGGUGAAGAAGGUGUGCAAAUGGAAUUUCCCUCCUACUAAAUUUUUGAAGCUUAAUGUUGAUGGGGUAGUUUUCUCAGACCUUAGAAAGCCUGGUAUUGGGAUGGUUUUACGUGAUAGCCAUGGAAAUGUGGUGAUGGCAGCUACUGUCUCUGGAAAUGCAAUGAAUGACCCGACUAUCAUUGAGUUAUUUGCCAUUUUUAAGGGACUACAACUGUGUCUUCCAUUGGCUAUUCCUAAACUCAUAGUAGAAUCUAAUUGUUGGUUGGUGGUUCAAGAACUGCAAGAUGCACAGGAGUCUUCUUUAGCUGAUGGCAAUUUGAUUAUGGAAGUGAAGGGUCUAUUGAGCCUUUUCCAAGAAGUGAGAAUGGAACAUGUAAAUUGA